AUGCUUAAAAAAGCUGGGCUGUACACCUGGGGUGCAGUUCAACGUGGACCAACACCCCUUUUGCCCGUGGAUCCCACGAGUGACCACUGCAGGGAGUCGGACCAGGACCUGACGGUCCAGAGUUUUCCGUGGACUCCACCCCUGCAUCCAUCUAACUUAACAACAAGUCCCUCGAUCGGAGGGCCUGUACCAGGCUGGCGCAAGCGCCCCUCGCAAAGCAAGCCUCCAAAGGAGGGACUUGCGCAUAAUGUCGGGGUGGUGGCUUGGAAGCUGGGGGUGCUCUGUGGAACUCAAGACACCUGUAUGGAAUGA